ACAACACUGUUCGGUAACGCAUUGUUAACUUUAAGCUCAGUAAUAAAUUGUUGAUCAAACGAAACACACGUCUCAUAUAUUACAGUGGCGACGAGGACACAAAAGAGCUUAACGCUGAUUUCGAUUUGAAAUAGUUUCCGAAAAAGUAUCCGCGGGAUAAAAAGACAUUUUAGUCUAAGGCAGACUAGUUGACUUAAUAAUACGGUCAGUGCGCGUUCGGUUGUACACGGAGUAUAGAAAGCGAACUGGUAGAGCGAAGUCGUUGUUCGGAAAGAAAGUGAUCAAUGUAAAAAUUGAUUUGAGCGAACAGUCUAACGUUUAUAGUGUCCGUGAAAAACUGCAUUGUGUGCAAGAAGUAGUGUACUUCAAGUAAAAAAAAAAGGAAAAAGUAGUUUUUUUCAGUCAACUAGGACGAGUUAGUCAUCACCUUGAGUAAGGUCAAAAAAAGCUUCCGCAAAAGAGUAGAUACCAGCAAUUAUGCCAGGUGGCAGCACAGGUGGUACAAGCGGUACUGGUACGGGUCAAGCCGACACAGCGGUACCAUUGCCGGCGACGUUUGAUGAGAGUGACAAUUGGCUUGUUUACAAUGACAAAUUGGACCAAUUUUUCAUUGCGUAUGGCAUCACAGAUGAUAGUCGCAAACGAGCAAUUUUGCUGACGUCUUUAAGUGAAGACGUUUAUAGUACGCUCAGCGAUUUAUGUUUUCCAGAAUUGCCAGGAUCAAAGACUUACAAAGACAUCGCGGGACUUAUGAAAAAACGUUUUUCGCCGAUUGUGUCAAUUUACCGAGAACGGUUACGAUUCUACGAAGCCAAACAGAAGCCAAAUGAAAAAAUUGUGGAGUUUUGCAGCAGACUGAAGAAGCUAACGAAGUAUUGCAGUUUUGGAGAUUAUUUAACGCAAGUUCUACGGGAUAAGUUCGUGUGUGGACUUUCCAAGGGACCAGUUUUUGACAAAGUGUGUGAACAGAACGCUACGGAGUCGUUUGAGACGCUAGUCGAAGUCGCUUUGAAGAAAGAAUUGGCAGACAAGGAGCGCACAACGGACGAUUCGUUGGAGGUUUGUAAGGUUGAACAACAUCGAAAUGGAGCGAAGCCAAAUGCUUCAAAAGUUUUCAACAACAACACAUCGAAUCAAAGCACUAAAAGAAGCUGUUAUGCUUGUGGUGGAUCUAAUCACUUGUUCAAUGCUUGCAAGUUCAAAUCUUAUAAAUGCAAAAAUUGUAAGGUGACGGGACAUUUGGCCAAAGUGUGCAAGCAAAAGAGCGACGGUCAGAAAAGUUCAAAGCCACAACAACCGAAACCGUCGAACAAUUACAUCAAUUUGGACGACGAUUCGGAUUUUGAGAGAUUGACAAUCAAGCAAAUGAAUUUGAAGGUACACAAUGUGAGCUGUGAAUCCGAGGAGGAAGCCGACGAAAAGUUUUACACGCAGUUGUCGAUUCGUAAGAAGUUGCAUCAAUUUGAAGUCGACACAGGUUCACCAAUAUCGGCGUGUUCUGUUACGUUUUACAAGCAAAAUUUCAGUGACAUCCCACUGCAGCAAUUCAAGAAGAGUUUGGAAUCGUACAACAAAUCACCGUUGAAAAACCUUGGAUACUUCGAAGUCGACGUAGUGUUCAAGUCAACAGUUCAUAAGUUACGAUUGAUUGUCAUAGUAAAUGGAGGAGAGCCGUUGAUCGGUCGAGAUUUUCUGAGAAAAAUCAAGAAGCACAAGGGCGUGUCGUUAAACAAUUUGGAGUGCAGCGACCCAGUUAUCAAGCGAUUAAUUGACGAGAACAAAGAAUUGUUUCGUGACGAACUGGGCGUGUACAAACAUGGCAAAGUACGAUUGGAGCUGGAGGCCAACACCGUACCGAUUUUUCGCAAGGCGCGACCGGUACCUAUUGCUUUUCAAGACGAGUACAAAAGGCAAAUUUCAGACAAAAUCGAGCGAGGAAUUUUGAAGCGAGUUGAUUAUUCCGACUGGGGAACACCGUUAGUGUCAGCACCGAAGCCAAAUGGUGGUCUUCGAAUAUGUGGCGACUACAGCAUUACCGUAAAUCCACACAUCAAACCAGUGGUGUAUUCAUUGCCGCUGAUCGACGAUUUAUUUGCAUCAUUGAAUGGUGGACAGACAUUUUCAAAAAUUGAUUUGACGGACGCAUACUACCAAUUGGAACUGGAUGAAGAUAGCCAGAAAAUGUUGGCAUGGAGCACUCAAGAAGGAAUUUUUGUUCCAACACGAAUGCCGUUUGGUAUCAGCCCAGCAAGCUCGAUUUUCCAUUCGAUUAUUUCGAAAACUUUACAAGGAUGUAAAGGAGCAAUCAAUUUGAUAGACGAUAUUUUGGUCACAGGACGAAACAAGCAGGAACAUUUGGAUAAUUUAAGUGAAGUGUUCAAACGAUUAAAGGAGGCUGGAUUCACAUUACGACCGAACAAGUGUGAAUUUUUCAAAGAGCAAGUUAAGUACCUGGGAUACAUCAUCGACAAGAACGGUCUUCACAAAGAUCUGCAGAAGAUCGAGGCAAUUUUCAAAGCACCAAGGCCACGAGACAUUACGGCAAUCAAAUCGUUUGUUGGUUUGGUGGGAUUCUACUCGAGAUUUUUCCCGAACAUGGCGCAAGUGUUGGGACCGAUUUACAAUUUGCUGAAAAAAGAGAACAAAUUCGAGUGGACGAGGGAGUGUGACGAAUCUUUCGAGUUGGUCAAGACGGUAAUUGCAUCAGAUAAAAUUUUAAUCCAUUACGAUCCUAAGUUACCAGUUAGAUUGCAAUGCGACGCUUCAGUCUAUGGCAUCGGGGCAGCGAUUUUUCAUGUUUUGGAGGACGGUCCUGAACGUCCAAUUGCUUUUGCUUCGCGAACGUUAAGAAAGGCGGAGAAAAAUUAUUCGACUCCGGACCGUGAAGCCUUGGCAAUCUAUUUUGGAGUAAAAAGAUUCGCACAUUACCUGAUAGGAAGAAGAUUUUCGUUGAAGACGGAUCAUAAGCCUUUGCUAUCAAUUUUUGGAGCGAAAAAGGGCAUUUCACCGUUAGCAGCUGGACGUUUACAAAGAUGGGCGUUGUAUUUGGCAAACUUCACGUUCGACAUCGAGCACAUCAAAGGGAAAGACAACGCAAUUGCUGAUUUCCUGUCACGAUUUCCAAUCGACGAUCCAGACGAGGAAGACGAUCCAGACGUUUGUUUCGUAAAUUUUCUAACACGAACGGGAGAAAAGUUAAUCGACAGCAAUGUGGUGAAAGCAGAGGCGGCUAAAGAUGCUGUCAUGAUCAAGGUCAAAGAAUUUCUUCAGAAAUGA